AUGGGAUUCAAGAAAGUAUAUAAGGUGUUGCAGGAAAUUUUUCCACAGAUUGAUUCUCGAGUUCUUAGAGCUGUUGCAAUUGAGCAUAGUAAUGAUGCUGAUGCCGCUGUUGAGGCAGUUCUUGUGGAGAUUAUUCCCCUUUUUACUGAAAGAUCUAGACAAACGAAUUCUUCUGGUGAAAAUAGGAACUUGGCCGAGUCACCUAAAGCAAUUGUAGAACCUGUAGCAACUGCUUGGAUCAAGGAUGCAUCGACUGUGAACACAAAGGGUUCAGCUGAAGAGCAAAAUGGUUCAGCAUCUUGUGAUGUGAGCUUUAGAGUUAAGCAAUCAUUCCAUGGUGCAAACGAUGCCAAUGAUGGACAUAAUGAGCCCUUUUAUGACACAUAUAGUGAAAUUCUUGAAGAAUGUGGGGACAGUGGGAUUGCCGAAUUGAUCUCAUCGGUGCAAUGUGAUGAAAAUAGUGUUAAGCUUAGUGUGGAUGUGUCAUCUCAUGUUGAACCUGUCAUUGUGAUGGAUGAAAAUAGAGCAAAUAAUCAUCAUGAAGUGUCUGGAGACCCUGAAAGAGAGGCAUCGGUUUCCGUUGAGAAGUGCUCAGAAAGCAGUGCUAAGACUCUGUUUGAUCAGAGUUCUCGUCACACAUUGGGAUCUUCAAAUGAUAGGGAUACAUGUUUUGAUCAAAAUGUGCAUGGUUGUAUGCAGGAUUUGGAAAAUGCUGUUGGACUAGACCGAGAUUGCAACACAGGUAUCCUUGAAGACAAUUAUCGGGGAAAAUCUUGUCAAGAUGGGAAUCAAUUGGAGGUGAUGAAUUUCGUUGAUCAGCCUAUUUCAUUAACAGCUAAUGAUCUAACUUCGAGUCCUUCAGAAAGCAGUGCCCAUUUGGUAGUGGUGAGUGAUAUGCAAAACACCAAUUUAGAGCAAUCAGAAAUAAUGCAAUUAAGCGAUGAUGCUUCUAAGGUGGAAGCUACUAGUGAAAUGGUUGAUAUUGAAGAAGAGUAUACCUUGAACACCAUGGUGUCCCAAUCUGCCCAAAUGUGUAGCAUUGAUUUUCUCGAGGAAAUCAUCUCAGAUGCGAGAAAUAACAAGAAAACAAUGUUUUCAGUUAUGGAAUCUGUUAUUAGCUUAAUGAAGGAAGUGGAACUCAAAGAAAAGGAUGCUGAACAAGCAAAAGAGGCUGCUGCUAAGGGGGGGUUUGAUAUACUGAGUCGAGCUGAAGACCUUAAGAAAAUGCUACAACAUGCAAAGGAGGCAAAUGACAUGCAUGCUGGUGAAGUAUAUGGUGAGAAGGCCAUCCUAGCUACUGAGUUGAGAGAGCUCCAGUCUCGGGUUAUCUCCUUGUCAGACGAAAGGGAUAAAUCCCUUGCAAUUCUUGAUGAGAUUCAUCAAACUCUAGAGUUGCGAUUAGCUGUCGCUGAGAAUGAGAGAAAAUCUGCAGAGCAGGAAAGACUAGAGAAAGAAAAGUCUGCAUUGAAAGCACUUGCUGACCAGGAAUUAAUUAUGGAAAAAGUGGUGCAAGAGUCAAACAUCCUGAAGCAAGAGGCAGAAGAAAAUGCCAAGCUUCGGGAAUUUCUUGUAGAUCGUGGCCAUGUCGUAGAUAUGUUGCAAGGAGAGAUAGCUGUAAUAUGUCAGGAUGUGAGGCUACUAAAGGAGAACUUUGAUGAACGAGUUCCAUAUAGCAAAUCUCUUUCUUCCAGCCAGACAAGCUGCAGAUUAGCUUCUUCUACCUCAUCUUCCAAAAGUUUGGUUCUUCUGCAGACAGAACAGAAACAGGGAUCUGAUGGUGCUGAUUCAUCAGAGAACCCAAAGAGAGAUCUGGUAUGUUGUUUUGACGAGCAGCUCUCUGGAGAUGAAGCUACCAGAGAUGACAGCAAAGCCCUUGUAGAAGAGGGAUGGGAAAUUUUCGACAAGCGUGAUGUUUACAUGUGA